GUAAAAUCUGAGUGGCAGCAGUGGUUGUUACCGGAAACGAAUGGAAGAAAAUGAAAAAAGAAAGCACCCUAUUAAUAAUUAAAUUUCGAUCACGGAACGAUUGAGCGAUAAGUGAUAUUUACUGUUCAGAAAUAAAACACUUUCUUUGGGAUAUUAAAAGAUUUUGCCGUGAUAUUUUUUCAACGAAAGUUUCAACCAUGACUUACGGAAGUGCUGUGAGGGAAAACGAUCCUCUGUAUAUUCUGUACAGUAUUGUUUACGUGUUCUUUUCACUAUGUUUCAUCGCCCCUCCAACGGAGUUUGUUUCAGCUGGUGUCACUGUGCAAAACAUAUUCUCUCACUGGCUUGGCAGUGAAGAUUUCCAUUUUAUCUACUAUCAUAUGAAAAGAAUAUCAGCAACACUCAUAGUUCACAGUUUUAUUCCUUUGGGUAAUUAUGUAAAGUUAUAAUAAUAAAUAAUAAAGUAAAGCAAGCUUAGACUUUGUCUUAUUCUUAUUAGUAAAGUCAAAGUUAGUUAAAGUUAGGCCUUAUUAUUACUACCCUACAUUUUCAUUUAUUAUUUAUAAUUAUCAUCAAUUUACAAUUACUACUAAAAUUUAUAAUCCUGUUGUAUUGUAUAUUUAAAUAAUAAUUAGACCCUUUUUUUUAGGCCUAUCAUUUGACUUUGAGGAUGCUGAUGUUAUUCGGAUAGUGAACAAAACAACAGAAAAAACGGUUUAAAAUUAAAAAUAAGGAUAAGAAAUUGCACUUAGCUUGGAAGUAGUAUCCGUGGGCAGCCUUUAGUCUGUGAAGAUUGUAUGAUUUUUAUAUUUUAUUUUUAUUAUAAUUAUAUUGUUGUUGUGUGGGACAGAGAUCUCUACAUCAAGGAGGCUCAUAGGCAACUAGAAGACAGCCAGUUCUACCAACUGAGGACUAACAACCCUAUCACCAAACAUAACGACAUGGUAAAAUAAACUAUCAAGAAAAUGAUUGCAGAAUCGGCACUCCUUAAAUCGGCCUCUGUCUUACACAUCUUCUAUAGUGACCUCGGUAAGCCAUGCUUCUACAUACUUCCCAAAAUUCAUAAGUAUGGUAACCCUGGCAGGCCCAUUGUCUCAGCAUGCUCUUGCCCCACUGAGCAUAUCUCGGAAUUCCUUGAUGUAGUUUUUCAACCCAUCCGUUACCUCACUGCCAACUUACAUUAAAGACACCAACCAUGCUUUACAAACCUUUGAAUCCAUCAUAAUCCCUCCUGAAAAGAAACAUCAUCUAUUUCUUCUUGAUUUAUGUUCCUUAUACACUUCCAUCCCCCACACUGACGGUCUCUUAGCUCUCAAAUUCUUUCUCGAGACUAGACCCCACCCAUCUAUACCCACCAACACCUUCCUCAGAUUGGCUGAACUAGUCCUCGCCCUCAAUUCGUUUGAGUUUGGUGGCCAAUUCUUCGACCAAAUUAGUGGUGUUGCCAUGGGGACUAAAAUGGGACCCAACUAUGCUUUUCUUGUUCAUGGGGCAUUUGGAACACAUGGUCAGAAGCAGCUAUACUGGACGCCUCCCUGAAUUCUUUAAGAUGUGCAUAGAUGACGGUAUAGGGGUCACCACUAUGGAGAGGAGUGAACUUGACCCGUUCAUCAAAUUUGUAGGCUCCUUUCACCCCUCCAUUAAAUUCAGAUCUCUUGUCUCUGAGACCUCAGUCAAUUUCUUAGACAUUACAGUUACUCUUCUCAAAGACAGCUUACUCACCUCUGCCUACUUUAAGCCCACUGACAGUCACAGGUAUCUACUCUACUCUUCAUCCCACCCUAAAUCAUGUAAAGACUCUUUUCCUUUUUCUCAAUUUUAUUUAUUUAUUUAUUUAGGCAUUUUUAUAUAGCGCUUACCUUAAAGCUCUAAGCGCUUUACAAUUAUUAAAAACAUGUAAACUAAGUAAAAUAAAAAUGAGACACUAGGAUAGUAACUACUAUACUAUAGAAACAAUUAAAAUGGCUAUAAAACGAGGACACUUUGGCACGUUUUGGCCUAUACUACAGGAUCAACCUGAGACAGAAAAUGAGACAGGGCAAGGAGGGUGCAUCACAGGUCAUAGGCAGACCUAAACGGAUGGGUUUUAAGGGACUUUUUGAAAGUGGACGACGUUUCACAAUGACGGAUAUGGAAGGGGAGCUGGUUCCAGAACGUGGGCCCAUGGAAGUAGAAGGAGCGUUCACCGAUGGUCUUAGUUUUGGUUCUUGGGAUUGAGAGGGUUCUAUUGUCAAUGGAAGUUUUCACAAUGACGGAUAUGGAAGGGGAGCUGGUUCCAGAACGUGGGCCCAUGGAAGUAGAAGGAGCGUUCACCGAUGGUCUUAGUUUUGGUUCUUGGGAUUGAGAGGGUUCUAUUGUCAAUGGAAGAGCGCAGUUGUCUUGUGGGGAUGUAAGGAAGCAACAGUUCAGAGAGAUAGACAGGAAAGUGAGGGUCAGUGAAAGAGUUGAAGCAUAGAUUGGCAGACUUGUACUUGAUGCGAGAGGAUAUUGGAAGCCAGUGGAGUUGCCGCAUGUGUGGUUGAAUGUGGUCAUGUUUCUUUGAUUUAAAAAUGAGUCUGCAUGCUGAGUUCUGUGCCUUCUGAAGUUUGUCUAUGUGGUGUUGAGGAAUGCCUGUGAGAAGAGUGCUUCAGUAGUCAAAUUUUGAAAGAAUGAAUGAAGAGACGAGAGUUUUUGUGGCAUCAAAGGAGAGGAGGUGUCUAAUGGUGCUGAUUUUUAUAAUUUUGUUAUAUGCUGAUCUGCAUAUAUUCGUGACAUGUUUGUCCAUGGAGAGGGUGUCUGUAAGCCUGACUCCAAGGUUUCUGGCAGAGGAAGAGAGUGUGAUGUCAGAGUUGCCAAUAGAUAUAGAAGAAGGAGCGGAUGGAGGGAGAGAUUUGUUUUGAGAGUGGAUGAGAAGGAUUUCCGUUUUAUCAUCAUUUAGCUUCAGUUUGUUGCAAGUCAUCCAACGCUUUACGUCGUCCACGCACUCCUGUAUGCGAAGGAUUGUGGCAUCAAGUUGACCAGGAAAGCAAGAGUCACUGAUUUGAGUGUCAUCAGCAAAGGAUUGACUGGAAACUGAGUCUUCGUCGACUUUGUCGGUCGGGUGAGGACUUUUGGGACAAAGCACUUGAAAUGAUAGACUUUUUCCGGUGUAGGUCUUACCCAGAGACAGUACUUUCAUCAGCCCUCCAAAGGGUUAAGAAUAUUACCUAUGCUGAUGCCUUCAGUCCACGUCUAAGUGACAAUGUUGACAGGACAAAGCUCAUUAUAACUUAUCACCCUCACAAUCUGAUUGCUAAGCGUGUUUUCCUUAAACAUCGAUCUAUACUACUUGCAGACACCGACACACCAGAAAUUUUCUCUUCCCCACCUCUCAUUGUUUUCAGACGGGAUAAAAAUCUGAAAGAUCUCCUUGUGCGCAGUCGUAUCAACGCUCCCCCUCCCACUUUGGGACCAAGCCGUGUGGACGCAGCCAUUGCAACACUUGCCCUUUUGUCGUCCAGACUCAACACAUACAUUUCCCUAAGGGCAGUUUUACAGAUAGGCGACGGUUUCCUCUGUGCAAGCCGCAACGUUGUCUACGCCAUUGUGUGCACCCGCUGUCAGAUGACGCAACAUUACAGUGUCCCUUCUCCAAACACUUCAAUAGUAGCGACCACCAGGGUAAGGCGGACUUUUCUAUAAGUGUGAUUGUGGCUAGCACGAACACCCCCAGCCGGGUCAAUUUGGAACACAGGCUUAUCCUGACUUACGUCACUUUGACGCCACAUGGGAUUAAUGUUAUGUCUCUGUUCACAGCUUGACCCUAGCUCCGCCCCUCCACGUUUUGACCUAUCACAGUGAACUUUUUUCUCCUCCUUUCUUUCGCUCUUCCCUAUUGAACCUCUCACUCACUUACCUUCUGCCACAUUUCUUUUGCUGCCCACGGAUACUACUUCCCAGCUAAGUGCAAUUUCUUAUCCUUAUUUUUAAUUUUCAGACCACUUUUUUCUGUUGUUUUGUUCGCUGACAAAGGCUUUCUGCCGACACGUUAGCUGUUUUGUGGCGUUUAUUUUUUCAGGUUUAACUCUACUCUGUUUUACUCAUUUAUAUUGUACUAACCUGAUUGCAGUCUCUCCCCUUAUUACCCUUAUUCAGAUGGUCCUGACUACAAUCAUAAUCAUUAAAAUUAUGAUAUAUUAUAUGUCUGUCUGUAGAAUGUAGGUCUUCUUAUCAGCCGUCUAAUUAUAAUAAUUAAUAAUAAUAAAUAUGUAGCCUAAAUUAUACUAUAACUAGAAAUAUCCCGCCAAACAAUGGUGGCAGAAAUGCAUGAAUGAACUUCUCAGCUACGGUACUAAAGUCUAAACUAAAGUUAUUUGAAAAAACAUCCAUUCAAGUAAUCCACUUAUAAAAUGCACUUAUUAGUGCUAACUUCUUAUUAUUUUAUUUUUUGCACCUAUUGAAUGAAUUGUCACAGAUAUGAAUAUAUGGGAGAUAAGUAAUUAGGCCUUUAUUACUUAUAUUAUAAUAUACAGAGUAUUGGGACUUGAGAAAAACUGACCAAUGAGAGAGGAGUGAAACAAUGGAAGGAAGUUGAAUAAAAUGGCAGUUGAUUCACAAAGUUUAUGUGAGAUGAUUGAACAUAGAUUGUUUAUGUUUUAAACAACUCUGGUAUGCAGUGGUAAUGUGCUGUCUGCGGAUUCCCAAUUAGCCAGACCGUGUUUCGCCACCACAGUUUAAGAUCAGAAUCUACCCUCCCAGAUUUCUCCCUAAAUCCCUCAUGCUUCACACCAACGGACCUUCAGAGUUUUCAACCACCACACUGCUCUACUCCUAUGAGCUGCAGUUAGCAAGACAAAUGGAAAGACAGACCACUGUGCAUAUUGAGUGUGAACUUUCAGUCUGCAAGCGGAAAAAGAGUCGAGAUAGCCAACUUGAUCAACAGCUUAAAACCUGAGAUCAUUUUGGGCACAGAAACAUGGCUGAAUCCCUCCAUAACCAACGCAGAGGCUGUACCGGAUAGUUACAAAUUAUUCAGUCGAGACAGAAAAGACAGAGGAGGAGGAGUACUUGUUGCUGUCCGUGACAGCCUGGACUGUCACGCUGUUCCAGAACUAGAUGUUGAUGACUGCGAGCUCCUGUGGGUGAAUGUGAAGCUGAAGGGUAGAUGCACACUUUACAUUUAUGCCUAUUACAGACCCAACACAGCAGAUGAACCAAGCUUGAGGAGGCUUGAUGUGUCACUUCAGAGAGCAAUUCAGUUGAAGAACACUUUUCUGCUUAAAGGGGGAGAUUUCAACUUUUCUCGUUGGAACUGGCAGAUUCCUGCCUUAAAGCCCAAGUCCCCAUAUUCAGACUUUAUGGCGAUAAUUAACAACCAUGGUCUGGAACAUAUGGUUAAAGAACCCACGUGAGGGGAAAACACUCUUGACCUACUCCUCACUAACAGUCCACAUCUCAUCCCUAGAGUUGAGGUCAUCCCCGGGAUAUCAGACCACUGCAUAUCAUACUGCGAAUUUCAGGUCAGCGCACUAAAAAAGAAGCAGGCUGUGCGAGAAAUCCCCAUUUAUGCCAAGGCUGACUGGGAUAGCCUGAGAAAAAGUCAACAACAGAUCUGAGCUCAAACAUGCAGGAGAUUUAGGGUAAUGCGACAACAGAAGACCUGUGGGUGAAAUUCAAGACAACAAUCACUGAUGCAGUGCAGAAAUUUAUACCACACAAGACCACCAAACCUAAGACAAAUCAGCCAUGGGUCACGACUGAAAUCCGAAGGCUCAUACAUAGGAGAGAUAGCCAGUACAAACGAAUGAAGAAGAAUGGCUCGGUCGAACUAACAGACGAAGGACUGAGGCUCCGAAGAACCAUCCAAGGCUUACUGCACAGAUUUUAUUGGAACUACCUGAACGGCAUCUUUUCAGAGGAAGAUACUCUGGCCGAAUGUCAAGAACAAGCACUUCUGGGGGUACGUCAAGCAGCAAAAGUCAUCAAACACUGGGGUUUCCCCUCUGAGAUGAGACGGCCAUUUGACGUCUGAACCCAAAGCACAGGUGGACAUACUCAAUCAACAGUUCCAAUCGGUCUUUGGGGAUGGUAGAGAGUACUCAGAGGUUGAGUUCCUUCUGAAGACCAACAUGAUGAGCACAGCCUACCCUGACCUAGAAGAUAUCCAGAUUUCAGAGCAGGGUGUCCUGGCACUCCUUAAAACCAUUAACCCAUGGCUCCUGCACUAACAAUCCUCUUCCAAUCGUCGAUAUUCACAGGCAAUGUUCCAACUGACUGGAGAACAGCGUAUGUCACUCCAAUCUACAAAAAAGGAGAGCAUUACGACCCUGCCAAUUACCGCCCUGUAUCCCUCACUAGCGUAGUUUGCAAACUACUGGAGCACUUAAUCAUAAGACAGAUGUGCUUGUGCUGGACUUCUCAAAGGCCUUUGACCGUGUCAAUCAUAGUUUGCUAUUACACAUACUGCAGAUAUAUGGGAUCCAAGGCACUACCAAAAACAUGGAUCUCAAGCUUCCCCAGCAAACGAUGCCAGGCAGUAGUGGUAGAUGGCACAACCUCCUUCUUUGUCGGUGUUAAGUCAGGGGUCCACAAGGGCUCUGUGCUAGGCCCCUGUUUAUUCCUAGCAUAUAUCAAUGAUCUGCCCAAGAAGCUGACCUCUCAAGUAGGACUGUUGCAGACAUGGCAGUGUAUAGGACGAUCGCCAACAGUUCUGACCAGGAACAGCUACAACAGAACCUCAAUCGGUUAGCAGAGUGGGAUAUGAGUUGGGACAUGGAAUUUCAUCCCGUCAAAUGCCCAGACCCUGUCAGUCUCCAGAAGCAGAUGCCCUCUACACCACUCUUACAAAUUGCAUGGCCAUAUACUUGAGCCAGUUUCAUCCGUUAGGUACCUAGGUGUUACCAUUCAAAGACAUGUCCGCUGGGACAAGCACAUUAACAAACAAGACCCCGGGGUUCCUAAGGCGAAGUCUGAAGAUCGGCAACUCAAGUGUGAAAGAAAAAGCUUAAAAAGCCUUUCACUGGCCACUUUUAGAGUACGCAUCUACAGUCUCGGACCCAUUUACCCAGAAAAGCGUUGACAGGUUGGAGGCGGUCCAGUGACAUGCAGCACGCUUUGUACUUAACCGCUACAGAAACACCUUAAGUGUUGGCAGCAUGCUAGAAACACUGGGCUGGUCACCAUUGGAAGAACGACGACGACUAUCCAGGAUCACCAUGCUGUACAAGAUCAAAAAUGGGCUGGUCCACUGCUCCAGCAUUAAACAGAAACUCGUCCCUCUCCCCCAUAGACAGCGAUGAGGUCACGACAGGCAGUUUGGGCUAACAAAAACAAGAAUUCAGUACGGGAGCUCCUCUUUCCUGCCAAAGACAAUAAGGGACUGGAACGAGCUUCCAAAAGCAACAGUUGAGGUGACUACACUUGACACAUUUGCAGCUUUUGCUUCCUGUCUUCCAAACAGCGUGGACGAGUGGUCUAAACUGAGCAAAUCUCAAGUUGGUGGUCGGGAGUUCAAUUCCAGCCAAAGUCCAGUCAAGAAAAAAAAAAAGCUCGCCAGCACCCCGGGUAGAUGGGACUUUUUAACCUUGGUUCGCAACUCAUCUAAGAGAAGGAAACUCUAAAUUCAAACCCGGAGAUGGCGUCCCCUACAGGCGGCAAAACAUCGAAACAAUGAAUCAUUCCGACAACCCCUGCAACGCCCCGGACGCCAUCCCUGAGAGCGCAGUGAACAUGCUAAAAUAGCAUGGAUACUUAGCGCUAUACAUAUCCCGAUGUAUACCUAACAAUAAAAAAAAAAUCACACUUGCAACUUUCACUAUGACAAGGAACUUAAGAUAUUGAUCAAAUCAAGCUGCAUUGUGAUGUCAGUUUAUUUAAACUAAUGCCGGAAUUAAACACCUUCAAUUCAUGCAUCAUUAGUUUAUUUGCAAUGUAUGGUUUUAAAAUGGAAAAAUUUUUAGUGAUACAUAAUAUGCAUGAUACUAUGAUACAUGCACUAGACAAAGUUGCCAUUGAUAAGUGUUAAAAAUUGCAAAAUUCGACUAAAAUGUACCCUAAAAACCCCAAUCAAUUUCAUUUACUAAUGUGUAGGCUACUGUAAAUGAACUAUUCAUGAAUGAGGUAAAGUCAUUGGAAUACAGAGAAGGGAAUAUUAUUCAAAUAUUUUUGUCGUUGCAUUUUUAAAUUAAAGUUAAAGCCAAUCAGUGUGCUUUAUGAAGAUAAAGUGUUCAAAAAUGUGGUGCAAUAGGUUUUGAAAUUUUAAAAUAAAGUUCACUAGUUAAUUUUAAGGACCAUGUGUAAUGCAGCACAAGUCUACUUAAAAGGCUAUCAAUUAAUGAAAAAUCUCAAAAUUUAUUUGAUGUAUUCAAUAAUUGCUCAUUUUCAGGAUAUUACUUGGGACUAGCCCUCUUUGCCCCGCAAUUGAACCUUUUUGAUUUUGAUCAUUUGGCUACCACAUGGACAGUAUUCUUCAUCUGCAGUUUGCUUCUGCCUGGUUGUACAAUGCUACUUGUAAUCUACUGGCAUCAAGGAUCCUGGGAUAACCAUCCACUGGCCAAGGAGCUUCAGCUUCUUGGAGGGGAAAAUGACUCUUGGCGAUCUGUUGCUUCAUCAAUCAAUGUUGAAUUCAGAAGAAUUGACAAAUUCACAAGCGGCAUACACAGUCGACUUGUCGCAGUUACAGAUUCUUGGAUUAUCAAAACAUCAACCUAUUAUGUGUAUGUUGCUCAUCAGAAUGAUAUUCAUUUGACCCUGUCUGAUGCAGAGGAACAUUCCCUGUCUUAUCAGAAUCAGAUGGCACUUCAGAUUCUUAAUAUUACUGUUGCAAGUAUUCAGCCAGGUCUAAAGCCUUUUCCAAUACGGUAAAGAAGUUUAAAAGUGCUGCUUUUUCUUUACAGUUUGAUGGAUUAAUUGACUUUUAAGUCACUAUAUGAUAUUUAUAUUUGCAGUGCCUUUUAUUAUAGCAUUUUUUAUCCACUAGAUUAAAUUGAUAACUUAUUAAUUUAUAUUGUAUCUUUAUUUUAUAUUUGUAUUGCUUUAUUUUUAUCAUUUUAUUUAUUUUCCUAACCAGUGGAGGCUUUUGGCAUUUCCUCAACUGGUUGUUGACACAUAUUUCUAAUAAUUACACGAUAUCAAUUAUAAAUUUUAAUUUAAUAAUACUCUGUUAUUUUUAUAAAGUAAGUAAAGCCUUUCUUUCCACAGGCUUAACUCUCUUGAACUGGGUGACCUCAAAGAAAAGCUCCAAGCUCCUAUUCGAAAUGCCAGAAAUAUAGUCAUUCACCAAUCUUUAAGUGACAGGUUCCUGAUGGAGUUUAAGGAGGUUGUUGAAAAUAACCCAAAGUAUACCGCUCCACCAACAAUGGUAGGUGUGUGGCAAUUAAACAUUUACUAUGCACCCAUAGAAAAAAAUAUGUUUAAUUUGAUCUUUAAAAAAAAAAAACACAUCUAAAAUGUUGAAGUUACAUUGACACACUUUUUGAUACACAUGAUUCAGUAUAAUUGAAGACAACUCCACAAAUAUUAUAAAGUUCAUGUCUACUUCAAGAAAUUUAAUGGGGACAAAGAAUUUCAAAAACUUAAAGCUGAUGAACAACAUUGAUAUUGUUGCCCGGUACUUCAAAAUGACAUUUUAACAAUAAAAAUAUGCCUGCAAUCUUUGUCUUAUAUACACCAUCACGUCUCGAUUUGUUUUUAAAUGUCAGAUUUUUAAAAACCUUUUUCUUUAAACCCACUUAUCAUCAUCAUCAUUAGUGCUGCUACAGCUCUUGUAGGGCCCUGUCCUGCUCCACCACAUCCUUCCAUUUGGAUCAAUCCAGGGCUUUCUGCCUCCAUGCGCGAACCCCAACUUAUGUAAUUACUUUUCUACAUCAUCGAUCCAUCUCAGUCUUGGACGACCAGUGAGUCGUCUGUCCCUAGGCUUCUUUCUGUAUAUCACUUUUGCUGCUCUACAAUCCGGCAUCCUUUCAAUAUGUCCUGCCCAGUGCAGUCUGCCUUUUUUUAAUUGUUGCGAAUGUAAUCCUCCUUUCAACUCAACAUUAUUUUAUUUUGCUUGUUCUAGUGGCCCCUUGAUAUUUGAAAGUUGCCAGUCUCUCAAAUUUGUGGUUGUUUAAAUUGAUGUUGUCAUCUCAAUGUGGGUGUUUCGUGACCACUUAUCUUAGCAUCAAUGUCUUAAUUAGUUAUUGCAUUACACUUUGUUUAAGAUGGAAAAUGAAAUGAGAGGAAGGCCACUAUGGCAGGUGGAAUGCCAAAUAAAGAUACAAGCAUUAUAAUAUAUAAUUAUACUGAAAAUUUAUUGGUUUAAAUGUUCAGGGCUUUCUGCUAUACUAAUAAAGGGAAACAAGAUAAAUGCCAUUAUUGAAGCUUUGAAAAUAUGGUUUUAUUUUAUUAUCUAUAUUUAUGAUUAUAUGUGUGUUUUAUUUCAAUGAAAUGCAUGCUUACACAAUGUGUGUUUUGUUUCAUUGACAUUCAUGUUUUUAAAAUGUGUUUUGUUUCAUUGACAUUCAUGUUUUUAAAAUGUGUUUGUUUCAUUGACAUUCAUGUUUUUAAAAUGUGUUUGUUUCAUUGACAUUCAUGUUUUUAAAAUGUGUUUUGUUUCAUUGACAUUCAUGUUUUUAAAAUGUGUUUUGUUUCAUUGACAUUCAUGUUUUUAAAAUGUGUUUUGUUUCAUUGACAUUCAUGUUUUUAAAAUGUGUUUUGUUCAUUGACAUUCAUGUUUUUAAAAUGGGUUUUGUUUCAUUGACAUUCAUGUUUUUAAAAUGUGUUUUGUUUCAUUGACAUUCAUGUUUUUAAAAUGUGUUUGUUUCAUUGACAUUCAUGUUUUUAAAAUGUGUUUUGUUUCAUUGACAUUCAUGUUUUUAAAAUGUGUUUUGUUUCAUUGACAUUCAUGUUUUUAAAAUGUGUUUUGUUUCAUUGACAUUCAUGUUUUUAAAAUGUGUUUUGUUUCAUUGACAUUCAUGUUUUUAAAAUGUGUUUUGUUUCAUUGACAUUCAUGUUUUUAAAAUGUGUUUUGUUCAUUGACAUUCAUGUUUUUAAAAUGUGUUUUGUCCAUUGACAUUCAUGUUAUUAAAAUGUGUUUUGUUCAUUGACAUUCAUGUUUUUAAAAUGUGUUUUGUUCAUUGACAUUCAUGUUUUUAAAAUGUGUUUUGUUCAUUGACAUUCAUGUUUUUAAAAUGUGUUUUGUUUCAUUGACAUUCAUGUUUUUAAAAUGUGUUUUGUUCAUUGACAUUCAUGUUUUUAAAAUGUGUUUGUUUCAUUGACAUUCAUGUUUUUAAAAUGUGUUUUGUUCAUUGACAUUCAUGUUUUUAAAAUAUGUUUUGUUUCAUUGACAUUCAUGUUUUUAAAAUGUGUUUUGUUUCAUUGACAUUCAUGUUUUUAAAAUGUGUUUGUUUCAUUGACAUGCAUGUUUUUAAAAAUGUGUUUCGUUUCAUUGACAUUCAUGUUUUUAAAAUGUGUUUCGUUUCAUUGACAUUCAUGUUUUUAAAAUGUGUUUUGUUUCAUUGACAUUCAUGUUUUUAGAAUGUGUUUAGUUUCAUUGACAUUCAUGUUUUAAAAAAAAAUUUUGUUCCAUUUACAUUCAGGAAAUAGAGCAGUGUAUUGGCUGUAUGCAGAAGACCUCAGAUGUUAAAUUACAAAAGCACUGUGAGGAUCCAGAAAAUGGCAAUGUUGAAACUCGCUGUAUUCAAUGUUUCUGUCGGCCAAUGUGGUGCCUGGAGUGUAUGGGGAAAUGGUUUGCGAGUCGACAAGACCACCUAAGACCCGAGACUUGGUUUGCUAGUAAAUCCCCAUGUCCAACCUGCAGGGCUCGGUUCUGUGUGCUGGAUGUUUGUAAAAUACAAGAAACACAAUACUAAUGACUUUGUUUGAUUUUUUUGUUGUUCUCGUCAAAUUUUCAAAUCCUAAUCUCAUC